UUUUUUUUGUUGAAAGGAAAUGUAUUUUGGCGCACUCGUGCACAUAUAUUGAAUGCUAAAUGAUUUUGUCAUUUAUAACCAUCAAGAAUUUAUGGAAUGUUAUGGAAUUUAUAAUUUUUUCAAGAAAGACUGUCAAAUUAUAAAUUUACCCCAUAUCAAAUCAAUAUUUGGAACAUUGCUACUCCAGUGUGAGCAACUAGAGCCUCAACUUAGCUUUAUACAAAUCGAUGUAAUGGCUAAUAUAAACGUAUAAGUGAUUAUCAUUUUAUCCAUAAUCUUCUUGACAUUUUCAUUUGCAACUUGAACAACUCUAUUCAUUUUAAGACAAUAAGUAGAAGAAUUGUGAUGUUGGAUCUUGAAUUAGUUACACAUCUUUUCCAUCAUCUUCUUGUUUAGAGUGAUGGCAUUGUAUGAAAUGAUCUAUUUUGGAAGAUCAUAUCUUUAAAUUAUUUAUUUCUUGAAAAAAAUUAACUAUCACAAUUUCUAGUUAUACUUGCAUAUGAUGCAUCCUCAACCCAUUUUGGAAAGUAUUUGAUGACCACCAAAAUGAAGAAAUGACCAUUUGAUGCCUUAGGUGGAAUUAGUCUAAUUACAUCUAUGCCCCACAUUGAAAAUGUCCGAGGAGCCACCAUGGAAUGUAAUGGGACAGGUGGAGCUUUCAACUGAUAUGUAUAUAAUUGACAUUUGUAGCAUCUUCAGACAAAGUCAACACAAUCAGUAUCCAUAAUGGUUUAGUAGUAGCCAGUUUUUAAGAUCCUUUUAGCGAACAUAUGUCCAUGUGGUUAAGCAGAUAGGAUCCUCUAUGAACUUCGUCCAUGAUCUGAGCUUCUUUUUUGGCUUACACACAUCUCAAGAGAGUCAUAUAUGAUCCUAUAUAGUAUAAAGUAUCCCCACUGAGCUAGUAUUGCAUGAAUAACCUAUGAAUUGUCCUUAUGUUAUUGUAAAAUGCAUGUGAUGGAAACUGUUGAGUUUGUAAGUAUCACUUGAUGUCAUAAACCAUGGCUUCCCAUCUGUUUCUUCUUCAAUGACCAUAUAAUGAGUAGGAUCAUUUUGUACAUCCACACUCAAUGGUUGAAUUAUUUCUUCAUCAGUAAUUCUUAUCAUAAAAGCUAAAGUUACUAAUGCAUCUGCAAAUCUGUUCUCUAACCUCGGUAAGUGCUUGAAGGAUAUGAAUCUAACCUGUUGGACAAGUAUCUCAAUGAACUGCUGAUAAUGCAUCAACUUUCCAUCUUUGUUUUUCCAUUCCCCUGCUACUUGAGAUAUGAUAACAGUUGAAUCUCCAUAAACUUCAAGCUCUCAUAUUCCCUUUUCUUGUGCAACUUUUAAUCCAAUUAUGCAAGACUUAUAUUCUGUAACAUUUUUGGUAUAGGGAAAAAGUUAAUUUUGUUGCAAUAGGAAACUAUUCCCCCUUAUGGUGAUACCAACACUGCCCCUACUUCACAUUCAUACUUGUUUGUUGUGCCAUCGAAGUACAUCUUCCAUUAGUUUUCUUCUUCUUCCAUAGGUAAGACAUCAUCAUAAGCGAAACUUAGAUGAGAUGUUCCCUUUUCCUUUAUACCAUGAUUGGCUAAAUGGUCAGCUACCACUUGCUCUUUGAUGGCUUUAGUUGAUUUGUAAACAAUGUCAUACUCGAAUAAUAACAUGCUUCAUCGAGCUAUUCUUCUUGAAAAUUCUAGAUUUUUAAAGAUGCACUUUAAUGGAUCCAUCCUAGAAAUCAAAUGAGUCAUGUGAUACAAUAUGCAUCCUAAAGAUUCCUAUAACACAGUUAAAUGGAGAAUUAAUGAUUUUGCUAGUAUUAAUGGCAUCAACACUGAUGGAUUCUUCAAAUGCUUUUUGAUUUGUCAAAGACUUGUUGGCCUUUGUCAUUCUAAAUAUAAGGAUUAUACUUCUUUAGUAAUUUGAAGAUCAGUUCACACGUAGUUGUUGACUAAUCUAUGAACCAAACAAUGUAGUUCAACCUUCCAAAAAAUCAUUGUACUUUCUUUAUAGUGGAUGGAGGUUCAAGUUUCUCUAUAGCUGAGAUUUUAGUUGAAUAUACCUCAAUCCUUUUUUGACUUACAACCAAUCCUAACAACUUGCUAGAAGUUGUUCCAAAAGUACACUUAGCUGGAUUUAGCCUUGGCUUGUACUUUCUAAAUCUAUCAAUUAACUUUUUUUAGCACUCGAGAAUGCUCUUCAUCGAUCUUUGACUUGGAAAUCAUGCCAUCUAUGUACACUUCAACUUCCUUGUGCAUCAUGUCAUGGAAUAAUGUUACGAUGACUCUUUGAUAUAUGAUAAACAUUCUUUAACCCAAAAGACAUUACUUUAUAGUAGAAUGUGCCCCAUUAAGUAAUGAAUGUGGUUUUUGCUUUAUCCCCUUCUGCCAUAUUGAUUUGAUUAUAUCUAGAAAAGCCAUCUAAUAAAGAAAAUAACUUGCAUCAACCUAUAUUAUCGACCAACACGUUAGUGCGGGGUCUUGGAAAAUCAUCCUUUUUGCUCCCUUUAUUUAAAUCCUAGUAAUUAACACACAUUCUUACUUUUCCAUCCUUAUAAGGAACUGGAAGGAUGUUAACUACCUAUUCCAGAUAGUUACAAACUUCUAAGAAACCUACAUUAAACUAUUUUAACUUCUUCUUUGAUCUUCACUUGCCAUUCUUGACACAUUCUUCCGAGCGUUUGUUUCAUAGGCUUACUAUUUGGCUAUACCGGUAUCUAAUAAGUUACCAUGAUGAUUUGAAGUCUUAUGCAUUCAUUACUACCAGGAAAGAUCCUACUACCUUUCAGGAGGUAGUACACGACGAAGAGAAGGGUAGGUGGAUAGGCGCCAUGGUAAAGGAAAUGAAGUUAGUGUAUAAGAAUCAAACGUGGGGGGUUGGUGGAGCUUCAAGAGGGGGAGAGGGUGAUAGGAUGCAAGUGGUUAAUUGUUAUGUUGUUUUAUACUGAUAACAUGCUAAUUGUUGGGAAGAUUCCAACUAAGGUUAGUCAAUUAGAGACUCUGUUGAGAAAGGAAGUUGACACAAAGGUUUUGGGUGCUGCCAAGAGUAUUCUUGGGUUGGAUAUUUGUAAGGAGAAAGCUACAGGGAGAUUGGGGCUAUCUCGGGGUGGUUAUGUGAACGAAACUGUAGGGAGAUUGUGGUUAUCUCAAGGUGGUUUUGUGGAUCAGGAGUUAGAGAGGUUUAGUAUAGUAAUGUUAAAUUGGUCAUCGGUACACUGUUGGCGAAUCAAUGUAAAUUGUCUACCACUCAGUACUAAAAAAUGGACGGUGAUGUUUAGGACAUGUCAAAGGUUUCUUACACCAGUGUAGUGGGGUACUUGGGCAGGCAACAAAAUAAUCCAUCAGUUGUGAGAUUCGUGGAUGUAGACUACAUAGGGAACUUGGAUGUGUUAGGGAUUUAUACUAAAAAACAUGCUUUAUGUAAUCAGUUUUAGUAUAGUAGGACUUAUACACAGAAGAUUAGAUCAUCAGUUCUUAUAGAAUAUAAGUUUAUUGUUCACAAUCUUAAAUAAAAUUGGACACACCAUUGGUAGGAUACAAGCACAAGGUUUUAAUAGGUCUUUCUUGACUAUUGGGAAUGAUAUAGUUCCAACUCCUUUUGCUAGUACACUUUGUAUGUAUUGAACAUGACUUUCUUGGGGUAAUUGUUUUUAUAUUGAUUAUAUUAAACAAUUAAUACCUCAUGGUUAUUAUGAGUGCUUAUGCUCUUAAUCCUGAUAUGAUUGUUGGACACGUGCAUAUAGUAUUUAUUACUUUGAUUCAUAAAACAGUGAGAUUCUUUAUGGGUCAAAAUACUCGGUGAGUUGGGUGAUGACAUUAUGUGUGUGGUGAACAUUAAUUAUUGAUGGAAUCCACAUCCUUGUAUCGAGAUUGAUGAUACUUCCUUGAGGAAGCUUAUAAGUUUUGAUUGUGUCAAACUCUACAGGUAGAUUUUGAGUCUAACAUAUCAAAUAAGUUAAGUGGAAGGUCUCAGGGAAUUAAUAUGUCAAUUAAUUAAAUUGUUAACAAUUUAAUUUAACAGACGGGCAUCUGUAAUCUUUACGUGGGGAGAAAAAUAAGCAUUUAAUAAUAGGAGCUCGAAAUUUAAUUUCAAAUAUGACAGGGAGUGCGAUUAUAAUUCUUUAGUAGUAUGAAUUAUAAUUAACGUAAUUAAGGAUGAAUUCGAGUUGGAUUAGGAAUUCUUAAUUACGUGGGAAGCCCUAGUCAUAUUUUCCCAGAGGUCCCUAUUGUAGCCUAUAUGUGUGUGGUCCAUUCAGUAACUAGGGAGAGACAAAAAAAACUCUCAUAGAGGCAGACGUUUUCGUGAGAGAAAAACUCUAGUAGCUGCUUACGAGCCCACUCUUUCAAGAGUAAGGCGUGUUCAAGGAAUAUAGUAAAAGAUUCCUGGUUGUCUUCAAGAGCUCGUUUUUGUACUUGCAGAUUCGAGAUCAAACUAGAUAGAUCUCGCAAGUAUAAUCCUAAUCACGUAAUUAGGGAUUGCAUGAUUUGAUUAUAUUUUUUUGUUAUUCGUAUGCACUACAACUAGAUCUUAAGGCUAUUCCGCAAGUCCCUUCAGGAUGAUAGGAGGCCUACAACAGGGUAUGUUAUGGGAAGGCUUAAUUGUUGGAAGUUCAGGGUACAAUCUCAAGUUGUACUAGUUACAAAUGGAUCAGAGUACUUGGCAGUGGCUAAGGCUAUCAAGGUAUCAUUGCGGUUUAAAGGAUUGUUCAAGGAGCUGGGUAUUUAGUUAGGUGAAGUUCCUAUUACCCCAGAUAAGUUCAAGCAUCGCUUGGACUUGGUUUACAUCUCCAGGUGCUAGACGGGAGGUGGUCCCAAUCUAUUGGCCCGGGUGGAGCAGCGGGGUUAUGCUUUUGGAUUUAUCCUAAGGGGUGAAUAUUUGCCAUGGUGGAGAUUGUUGGGUUUGUGGCUCAUAUUUUGAUUGGAACGCAUGCAUCAGGAAAGCAUCGUGAAGCAAAGAACAAGGGAGAAGUUUGCGGGAAGAAACCGUCGCCGAUUUGGGCAGUUAUUUGCUUGAUGGUUUUAGCAUUCAGGGAUAACCAUUGACGGUUUCACUAUAACCGCCAACGGUUUUAGGCAGCUUGCAGAAGGAACACUCUCGGCUUCAAACUGUCAACGAUUUGCUGAAACUAUCAACAAUUUCAUUCGGUGUAGAUCACAGAUUUUGAACAGGAGAUCAGUAGAUUGGGAGAUUUUGGAAGAUUUUCCUUCGGGGAAUCGCUACAUAAGUGUUUUAAUUAUAGUAUAACUCUUCUGUACGUAUAGGGUUAGUAUAUAAUCAUAUUUUUUAAUCCUAGUUUGAUAAGCUUCAUGUAAGCUUCAUUGUGAUAGUGAAAAAUAAGUCACUGCUCCUGUGAACGUAGACAAGUUGUCGAACCACAUAAAUCAAAGUCGGGACCCCCAUAGCCAUGGACGUCCUACAGUCCUCAUUUCCUCCCUCCAACAGUACGUUUCGGUCCGAUAUUUCCGUUCCGGUCAUGAAACCAUUGCUGCGGUUCUUGAACCGGACCAAAUCGCUCUUCUUCUUGGAUGUGUACACGUAUUUUCCCUGGUCUACGGAUCCGAAAAGCAUUUCCUUGGAGUACGCGCUUUUGGACGAAACGAAUAUAACGUAUCGGGACCUCGUUUCGGAUCUAACUUACACCAACUUGUUGGACCAAAUGCUUGACGCGGUGGUCUUUGCAAUGAGCAAACUCGGGUACCCGGACAUUCGGAUCUUCAUCGCCGAAAUGGGUUGGCCCAAUGCCGGCGACAUCGAUCAGAUUGGAGCCAACAUUUACAACGCUGCGACUUACAACCGAAACUUGGUGAAGAAAUUAACGGCUAAACCGCCACUUGGGACUCCGGUUCGGCCCAAAGUAGUUUACCCGGCUUUUAUUUUCUCUCUGUACAAUGAGAACGAAAAGCCGGGUCCGGCUACGGAGCGACACUGGGGGGUGAAAUACCCGAACGAGUCGGCUGUGUAUGAGCUUGAUUUGUCGGGCAAGGUGCAAGAAUACGAUGAACAGUUGCCGCCGCCGACCAACAACGAACCUUAUAAUGGGAAGAUAUGGUGCGUGACAGCGGAGGGAGCGAAUGCGACGGGAUUGGCGUCGGCGCUGACGUGGACGUGCGGACAGCCCAACAUUAGUUGUGAUCCGAUUCAGGCGGGUAAAGCGUGUUACAAACCCGACCCAAUGGUUCGGGCGAGUUUUGCUUUUAGUUCGUAUUGGGCAAAAUAUCGGAGCUCCGGAGCAACUUGCUACUUCGAGGGUCUGGCUUUUCAAACCACAAAGGAUCCAAGUAAGUGGGUACUGGUUAAUUAAACGGGCUCAUCUUAAAUUGGUUCUGAGUUAAUUAAUUUAAAAUCCAAUUCAAUGGAGUAUAAUGUUUUUUUUAAUACGCCGACCUUUGUAGAAAUAGGGCUUAGCUAAGCUUUAAAUGAUUAACCCUCUUUCUUAUGACAAUAGCUAGCUACUAAAGGUGUGGCCUCAUUCGGUAAGAAGAGCACAACAAUGCAGAGGAUUCAUAAUUACAUAAUGCACAAAACAAAGCAACAAAAUAGCUCAUUUCGUAGAAUCUGAGAUGGAUGAAUUACAAUGAAUAGAAGGACAAGUUAAUAAUUAAUAUAAUUAGGGAUAGGGGAGAUCUAGGAACUUUUUAGUGGUGAUGAAUUAAUAGUUUAGUGCCUAUAAACUUUUUAAGUUCUCACAAAUAAAUAUUAGCCUUUUGGGAGGGGGGGGGGGGGGGGGGAGUAAUGAGGAGAAAAAGUUCAUGAUUUAUAGGCCAAUAAGGAUAUCCAUAAUCAAUUAUAUACGCCAAAUCAAAGUUGGGUUAAACGAUUAAGAGGACGAAACUUGUGUACAAGUUUUGGCUCUUGUUAUUCAUCUCUCCACUCUCAAAGAGGGGGCCUUUAGAUGUUUAUACCUAUACAAACAAUGAAAAAGAAAUGGGGG